AGUUUUGCUGCAGUACCACGUGAGAGCACGCGUCGUGUGUUGCUAGUGAUGCGCACUUCAACUUUGACUUCAACUUAUUCUCAUCAAGGCCAUCUAUAGAAUUCUCAAUUCUCAUUCUGAGCGGACUCGCACAGAAAACGAGGGAUCUUGAUUUGGAGAUUGAGAUGGAUCAGCAUGAUCCACCAGUGUCUGAACUACUGCCGCUCAUGCGGGCUGCAUCAAUGUCACCAAAAGGAUCAAACUGGUCUCUGGAGGGCUCCGCUGACAGCGACGGGGAAUGGGGUCCGUCACAGAGUGUGAGGAAGUCUCAGAGGCCGAGGAACUGCACUCCCAUAGACAGUGGCUCUGAGAGCGACUUUCGGCCAGUUGUGAAGGAGGAGAUAAAGAUUGAAGUCACUUCACCAAGGGUUGAGCGGCCGUCGUCUCCCUCGGUGUCGGACGACGAUCCUUUCUCGGACCGCGCUCUGCAUUCUUUAGUGAAGGAGGAAAAGUACCGACCUCGAUCACCGUCACCGUCUGAGGACUUCAUCGGGUUUACUGAGGUGGACCGGGACAGAGCCUGUUUCAUCUCCAAUGCAAAAAGGAGUCUGUUACUUGGUUGUUCGUCUGCCAUUCGAGACUCUACUGAAGUUUUUGCUGAUACAGUGUUCAUCAAGAGUCAACGUCUCGUCAUUAACUACCGUGAUGUGGACGGUCUCGAUGAUAGUAACAUAUUUUGUGACGUGUGCUGCCGCGAUUGGGACGGUGAAUGUCCCGUCCAUGGACCGCUAAAGAUCAUACACGAUACCAAGGCACGACCCGGUAUCGGAGAUGUCGACAGGGACGUCAAGACUCUCCCGCCUUCUCUCAGCUCUGGUCAGUCGACAAAUCCAGCGUCUGGCACCGGAGUUUUGGCGGAGAAGGACAUACCUGCGCGCCAAAGACUCGGUCCUUACGAGGGAACCUUGACCACCGAGCAGGGUCAGGCCCGAAGUCGAACAACCGGGUACAGAUGGCAGAUCAAGAAGGGUAAGCGCGUGCAUCACUCGGUGAAUGCCGAAGACCCGAGCUGCAGCAACUGGCUCAGAAGGGUCAACUGUGCCCGCUCGGAGGAAGAACAAAACCUAGUGGCCUUCCAGUACCGGGGCCAGUUAUACUUCAGGACGUCAAAGCCCGUUCCGCGGGGCUCUGAGCUGCUGGUGUACUACGGAGACGACUCGGCCCGGGAGCUGACCGUCCACUCGGAGACGUCUGAGGAGUCUGUGACUUCCUCUCCGGCCGGACCGUCAUCUUCAGGCAUCAGUGGCUCGGUCCAAUGUCCCCAAUACGGCUUCAGAUGUUUGGGAAAACAUUGUCUGGACGGACACGUGAAGAGAAGUCACGGCCAUAUGGGCAGGAACGGCAGAUUGAAGUGCGAGUGGUGUCAAUUCUCGACCGACAGGUCCGACUGUAUGAAAGACCACCGCAGAACUCACACAGGGGAACGGCCAUACGGCUGCUCCAUCUGCAAGGCACGGUUCUCUAGGCGGUCAAACCUCAUCAAACACAUGCGGACCCACACGGGAGAGCGGCCAUACGGCUGCUCUAUCUGUACGGCACGGUUCUCUGUUCGAGCAAGCCUAAACAACCACAUGCGGAUUCACACUAGGGAGCGGCCAUACGGCUGCUCCAUCUGCACGGCCCGGUUCACUGAACGGUCCACCUUCACCAGACACGUGCGAACCCACACUGGGGAGCGCCCAUACGGCUGCUCUAUCUGUACGGCACGGUUCUCUGUUCGAGCAAGCCUAAACAACCACAUGCGGAUUCACACUAGGGAGCGGCCAUACGGCUGUUCACAUUGCCAUGCUCGGUUCGCUGAACGGGGAAACCUCAAGGCACACAUGCGGACCCACACUGGUGAGCGGCCGUACGGCUGCUCCAUCUGCAAGGCACGGUUUACUCAAGGGGCAAAUCUCACCUCACACAUGCGUACCCACACUGGGGAGCGGCCGUACGGCUGCUCACACUGCCAGGCCCGGUUCACUAGGCGGUCACACCUUAACGAACACAUGCGAACCCACACGGGGGAGCGGCUGCACGGCUGCUCCAUCUGCAAGGCACGGUUCACUAAUUGGUCACACCUUAACGAACACAUGCGGACUCACACUGGGGAGCGGCCAUACGGCUGCUCACACUGCCAGGCCCGGUUCGCUAACCAGUCACACCUCACCGGACACAUGCGGACCCACACUGGGGAGAGGCCGUACGGCUGCUCCAUCUGCACGGCACAGUUCACUAAACGGUCAAACCUCAACAACCACAUGCGGACCCACACUGGGGAGAGGCCGUACGGCUGCUCCAUCUGCCCGGCACGGUUCACUGCUCGAUCAAGUCUUAUCAACCACAUGCGUACCCAUACGGGGGAGAGGCCGUACGGCUGCUCACACUGCCAGGCUCGGUUCGAUCAACGGGCAAAGCUUAUCAGACACAUGCGGACCCACACGGGGGAGCGGCCGUACGACUGCUCACACUGCCAGGCCCGGUUCGCUCAACGGGCAAAGCUUAUCAGACACAUGCGGACCCACGUGAAGAGCGGCCGCACGGCUGCCACUACUGUCUAACGGUUCAGCAGUUUGAUGCAAAAACUCGAUUUUAACUGGUGCACAGUUUUGAUAAUUACACAGGCUUGACUGAUGCGGUAAAUGGCUUGAUUGGAGAAAUGCAAUGCUGAAAUAUGCCGACAAGUGCAUGACCGGCUGCCGUCAUACGUUUGAUAUAUUAUAUUAUUAGUGUUAUACAUCUUUUAACGCCCAAUUUAGGGCGGCAGUGCGCACAUUUCAGUAAUAGUGCGGGCGAUUCCGACAGUAUGCUAUGGUCUGGGCGAUUUGUCGCAAUCGGUUGCACUAUUACUGAGCUGCGUGCACUAUGUCUAUAUUUAGCCGUAAAAAGGUGUAGCUGUGGUUCUCGUUUGUGAGCUUCUUGGCUACCCGUGUGAGUGUCACAUCUUGUUUCUUUAUGUUAACACACGGUGAUUCAGUAGUUGUGUUCUAAACUAUCCGCCUCCACAUAGGAGUUAAGGAGUGUCGCUGUUUGGUACAGUGUCGUAGCGCUGUAAUUUGUGAAUAAUGUCCAGCUACGUUGAGGGACAAUACAUUCUUCGUGACCACCA